GCCCUUGGAAGGAAACUAGCGAAAUAUGAGACUGCCAAACUGCGUAAGGUGAACGGCGCCAAGUGUUUCAUCUUGCUGUGCACAGAGAAUACGAGGAGCUCGUGAUGCAGAGCGCUGGGAUCUCCAAGCAUCGCGGUAGGGGUGCGCCGACACCAACGACAGCGGGGAAGGAGGAGGAGCCACGCCAGGAUGAAGUGCAGGACGGAGCUCUUGGAAACCUCCUCAGUGUCAUCCCUCCUGCAGUACGAGACUGGCUGGGGGUCUCUGGAGCUGCUAUCACUUGUUGUGUGUCCUCCCGUCCUCCCGACCUCCCGGACACAAGCGCUGGAGAGUGUGGUGUGGGAUUGAUCCUCGAAGAUUGCUCCAAUCCGACCUACAACAACUACAAUGUCUAUGUCAAGGCCCUGAGCGUCGGGGGACCGGCAGAUACCAGCAAGCAGAUCCAGGAGGGCGACGUCCUGGUCCGCAUCGACGGCAAGGAUGUAAUUGGCAUGAAGACCAAGGACCUUGGGCAGUUUCUGAUAGGCCCUGUUGGCUCGGCUGUGUCCUUGCAAAUGCGUCGAGGUUCGAACUGGAAAGGGGGAGAAGGGAAGGUGUACUCCGUGGAUCUCAAUCGCAAAUGGGCAUGCGCUGGUCUGAAAGAGAUUCGUUGACGUUCUGACCACUUUGAAGAGACUGCUAUGAAUCCCGUUGCGGGAGAACCGUGGAAUUGUUGAAGUCUUCGAGUCCAUGUCUUCGUUUAUAUCAUGUCUACAUCCCAUGUACUGUUCAUUCCCGAAAGUUCUUUAUAAAUCUUGGCGAAGG